GACCUCAUAAUCUUAUCGUACGAUCGCCGGCCCGGUUUCCGACUUUGAGAGGUUGCGGGCGACAAGGCGGAGUGAGGCGGAGGCGAUGGGCAUGGUAUUCCGAUCUCGCGAUUAUGGAUCGGAGGAGAUCGCCUGCUCUCUCGCCCGCCGAAUCGCAGACGAUCACCCACUAGCCUUGCGCUCUUCGACGUCUUCCCAGGUUAUUCCUGAUUCUGACAUCUCUUUUGAUGAUCCGCUAAGAGCAAAUACUGCAGAUCCAUCAGAAUCAAUGAACUGGCAGAACAACUGCAGUACAUUUAAAAAUAGGUGUUCGAGUGAAGCUGAUAAUCUAUUGAAGAAAGAGUGGAUAUUACUUAAAGGUUCAUUGACACAAAAGUUCACCAGCAGCAAUACAAUAGCAGUUUCCCAAAUAUCAGAUAUGAUAGCAAGGAACAACAGAGGGGACAAGUCACUAGCAGAUAUCCACUUAGAGGAACAAGAUUACCUAGAAACUUCUUUGGAAGAAGAGAAAAUAGAAAUUUCACGAAAGGAGUAUUUUUUACGCUUACAAGAACUUAAAGGUGAAAUUAAUUUGGCAUGGAGAUCGGAAGAUCGCAUCAGAGCCUUGAAGUUGUCCAUCAAGGUUGCAAGGCUACUUAUGGACACUUCUGUCUUGCAAUUUUAUCCUACAUUGUUUACUUUAGUGGUAGAUGUGAUGGAUAUGUUUGGUACUUUGGUGUGGGAGCGCAUUAGGAAGAGGGCUGAAUAUGCUAAUGAUGGUACAUUGCUACGGUCUUUGCCAGAGGACUUUAUAUCCGAUGAUAUCUGCAGCGAGGCAAAAGAGACUUGCUAUAACUGGUUUUGUAAAAUUGGUUCGAUUCAUGAACUUGUCCCCCGUAUAUAUUUGGAACUUGCCAUUUUACGUUGUUGGCGUUUCUUAGACAAUAAUUUCACAUCUAUACUUCAGCGCUUGGUGAUGAUGAUGAGAGGAAUAGCAGAUCCUCUUGCAUCUGCCUAUUGCCAUCUUUAUCUAGCUAACUCUGCAAGAUUCUUGUAUUCAGGAGAUGAUGGUGGAUAUUUGAUCAUGUCCCUUCGUCACCUUUCUAUUCUACUAAGGCGGAUCAUUUUGGAUAAGGAAGCAGUCGGGCGCCAUUUUUCAAAGAAUAAAAGGGUUCUGAUAAGCUUAAUGGAACCUUCCAUCGAGUGGAUUAUGAAAUGUAUAUUUUCCCUAGGUUAUCAGAAUACCAGGAAUAUACUCGAGGAGUUUGGUGUGGCAAGGGAUCUCUCAGUUUCUUCUUGGAAGUUUCCAUGUGUUUCCUUAGUGCUUCAUUAUCUUCUUAAACUACUUCCAGCUGAUGUUAUCAGUGACAAGGCAGUUGAGAUUAUAGAUUUCGUCGAGCAAAACAAAGACAUCUCUGUUGAAUCUCAUUUGGUUUAUAGGCGAGUGGGACAUAAACUCUGUGAGAGCCGACUCUCACUCAAUUCCAGUUGUGCUGUAAUGGACAGAAUUAUGCAGGUACUUGUUCAAUACAAUAACUUAUAUGAGUACUUGAUGAUAGCAGAUGCUUAUCUAGAUAUUAUCCUUCUGUACUCCCUGAACAACUAUCUAUCCAUCAUGCUGGAUGGCAUUCUGAAGAGAUCUCAUCAGGAUAAGGUUGAUGAAAUUGAGCUGGACAUUCUUCAGUCUAUUCUUGUCAAAAUUAUCAAUCACCUUGAUAGAUUGGAAGACAUGCUUGCUUUGGAACAUUUCAUGACAAUUCUUGAUCGUUUAUAUGGAAAUUGGCGCAAUAGUGUGUAUGUGAAUAUACUUCAUAAAGGUAUUAGAGCUGGUUGUAUUGAUAAUCCUUGCACAAUACAAUUUCUUUUUGAAGUAUCUCAAGUCCUUCAUGAGAGCAUUGAUAUCUCAAAUAUGAAUGAUGAGAAUAAGCAAAAAGCAGAUCUGAUAUCUAAAUUUGUUGGCAUGGUCAAUUUCGGAGCUGAUUUAGAACGUCAUUUGUCAUUUCUAUGUGAUUCUCGUGCAGCAUUUGGAAAUAUUGAGGAAGUUAAGAGUAUUCUUGUUCACUCAAGCAACAAUCUGGGAAUCAAAUUUUUUCGAGACAAACCAAAGUUUCUUAGUUUUCUAAAGUCCUGCCUGGCUUUCAAUGAUGUUACACUCCCAUCAGUUUCUGACAGAAUUAGGCGGAUGAAUCUUUAUCUGGAGUCUGCUGAGAUUGCAUUGUUUGGGGGCCUCAUAUCACAUUCAGAAGGAUUUAUUAUUUCGGUUAUCAGUUGCUUACAAUGCUUGGAUAUGGCAGAAGGUUCUGGCAUCCCAAUUGAUGAAGAUCAAAUAUGUUCCUUGACAUGCAAAGUAUGCAGUUUCUUACUUAUCUUACCAGUUUAUGCAGGCAACCAUGAAGAUAGGUCGAUGUAUUUGGUACAAGAUGUUAUUACAACUUUCAGAUGUCAAUCUUUGGUGUCACCAAGAACUAAAGUUCAGAUAUUUUGUGCAAUUAUAUCCCUAUCAGCAAGUUUAUCUCAAAAGGAGCUUCUGUACUAUGCAAUAAACACUGAGGUCGUUAGUAAUGCCCAACUAUUUUUUGGAGACCUCUCAUUCUUCCAAGAGCUUUCAUCUAUAGCCAAUCUGACUAUUCAAAUCCUGGAUGAUGUUAUCCAACAGGAGCCUAAUUCAGCGACGCGAGGCAGAUUGGCUCUGGAUAUUUGCAAUUGUCUUCUCAUUUCAUACAGGAGAAGUCAGGAACUUUUGCUAAAAUGCUCUAGUCUGAUUGAUAUUGCAAAGGAAUGCUUACAUACGAGGGACAAGUAUCUGCAAUCAACUAUGAGCCUUUUUUCUAGGUUACCAUCAAAUCUGGAAGGUUGAACUACUUUUCCAUGGCAAUAUAACGACAAGAUUAGUUUUCAUGUGGCACAAUAUCCUGUGAUAUUAGUGAGUUUUCUUUAUUGUUUGAUAUGAGUUUACUGAAACAGACCUUGUUGCUAAUUCUUAGUGGUCAUUAAGAAUUGCUUUAGAAAAUAUGUUCUUGUGUAAUAUCAGCCACCUGAUUUUGUUAAUUACUUGGAGAUAUUUGUGAUUGGAUUUUGAUAGGGUAAUAUUGCCAUUUGACCUUGUUCGUUA